CAUUGUGUGAUUAAGUGCCUACUUAAACAAGAUUCUGGCCAUUGACAUAACGUUUUGUCUUUAUUUUAUCAACAGUGUACUUUUUAGUAAUCCAGUACCUUCACAGGAGAAAGAAUCUGAUUGGCUGUGAUACAUUUUUGCUCCGUUGUCGUCACUCUCAAACAGGAUUUCAAUGUCAUGCUGCUGUGAAUCUUGAAUCCCUGGUUAUAUGAGAUAAGAGUGGAAGUUCCACAGCCAAGCAAGUGGUUUAAUCAUGUUAUGUUUAAAUGUGAAGAAGACUCUGUGCCAGUGUGGGUGAAAAAGCAUAACCGUAACAUCUAAAGUAACAAUAAAUACUGUACAGUACUGGGCAUCUUUCAGAUAAGUCAAGCAUAAAUCCAUUUACGUUAUGAAGCUAUAAAAGUGGCAUUCAGCUGGUUAACUUUGACAUAUCGAGAAACUUCACCUUCAUACGUCAGUUUUUAUUUGUUGUUUUUUAAUCACAGAUGUGAUUGGUAGUUUUUUAUGUGCAUUGAGCAAAAAAAAUAAAAAUAAAAAAUAGCUUGCAAAUAGGUGUCCUCUAUGUUUAGAGGAAGGAUAAGAUGAUGUCGGGUGUGUGCGGCAUUGGCCCGUCCCCCCAGGCCCUUCUAUAAGAGCAAACUGGUCUAAGAACUUCAGCAGCUCUUUAGACAGACCAAACCUGUGUGGGGGCGGGGCAGAAAAAAUAGAAAUGCCAUCAGACGGAAUGCAUCCCUCUCACGCCAGGCUUCUACGGACAGAUAGAGGAUUUGUGCUGAAGGUGCCCAGCUGGCGAAGUGUGUGUGUUCUUUACUCCAUUUUCUCCGUCCUGGUUCUGCCAGAUUUUAGCGAGGGGGCAAAAGCUCGUUGUGGAAGAGAACUAAUCGCCGACCUGGAGUUUGUGUGUGGGGACCGUGGAUUUUACAGAGGUAAACCUGGAGGAGCCCGUAGCAGCGGUCCUCACUCUCGUGGGAAAGGCAUUGUAGAGCAGUGCUGCGUUCGAGGAUGUGACCUCCAGCAUUUGGAGUCAUACUGUGCCAAACCUAAGAGAAGGCAACGUCACGCCCCUGCGUCUCCACAACAGACUGUGUUCUGGCUGGUGUUUCAAAGGCUUGCUGAGAUUAACAGAAAUGAUGAAGCUACGUCUCAAAGACUCAGAGAGCGGACACUCUACCGGUGGAACUCCAGUGAUUCAGUAUUAUCAAAUUCAAGUACCAAAACACCCAGCCGGCCACCUUCUACACUCCAAAAUCAUUCCGCUGAGCGAAUGACACUUCUGCCAGCAUUUAUCACCCAAAAUCGAUAGACUUUGUGGAUCGGCAUGGACCUUCUAUCUCAUCUUCCUCUUCUAAAAAUGACUUUUCUGUGCUUGAAGAAGUAUAAACUGAGACCUAUGUAAGAGACACUAGAGGACAAGAUACCAAAGUCACUCAGAAAUGUGUCUCUCAGAAUAAUUUUUGCUGCUGGAACAAAGAAAACAGACAAGAGAAUAUGUAUGAAACUGCAGAGUGGACUGUUUAUGUGCGCACGUUUGUCCAAAAAUAUGUUGCCAUGUUGAAUACAAUGUGAAUUGUAUUUUUCAAUUUCCCUUUUGUUUUCAGCUUCUCCUGUAGCACUGACUUGUGUUCUCAAAUGUACUGGAGGAGAGUGAACAAGCUCAAAGCAAACUUAGUUUGCAAGUUGAAAAGUAUUUGUGUUAUUUUAUAAACUUGAAAGACCCAAAAUAUGGGACCACUGUAGGCUGAGGUAAGCCAUUUUGAAUGUUUAAAUGUGACAAUUGUGUUUUAUGAAAGAUUACUGAAUUUAUUUUUUAUUUUUUUUGGUCUUUUGGCUUUAAGUUAUAUUUUGAGUUUUCCACGUUAUAAGGGUUUGAUCUUUCUGAUGCUUGUGAAAUAAUAAUAAGCAGAUUUUGGACAGAAAAAAAAUUAAGAAAGAAGGUGAGGACAGAUGUUACACAG